AUGGCUUUAGUCGGGCUAGGCCUCAAUUUGCGCUGUUAAACAAGCAAGCAAGCAAGCAGGAGGCGGCGGGCGGAAAACUCGUAGAUGCCCGACGGGAGGAGUCUGGGGAGAAGGCGAGCAGUUACAGCAAUGGCACAGCAGCAUGGCUGUGCCCUUUGUGCCAAAAAAGCCAAGAAGACCAUGCCUCCCUGUCUCAACACCUCACUGAACAACACAGCGUACUUCCAACGUGUGUUGACAAACUGUUAGACAUCUCUGUUUUGAAACAGGGGGUGAGGGAAGAAGAGGACGAAGGUGCUGUAAUAUCUUCAGUUGCAGUUUGUACACAAGUGAGAGCAUCUGAAGACAUCUGCUCCGAACUCCGCGAGCCUUGUUUGGACGUUCCUCUUCGACAUAACGAGAAGGAGAUGGAUGAAGACAGAAUGUUGGACCAGGAGGGUGGUGAAGCUGAACCAGAGCCAGAAGAUGACAUCAUGGGAGCCAAGCAAACUGCCACAGAAAAUGAAGACGGUAAAAAUGGCGUGCCUGCUGAAAAUAACGCUCGGUUCAAAUGCAAUGCCUGCCUGGAAACAUUUCCUACCAGAACUGCCCUGAGUGUUCAUUACUACUCUGCAUCCCAUAUUCAGAGAAUGACAACAAUACAAGGUGGGGAAAUUGACCCUCCAGCUCCUUCCGCCUCUAUUCUUUCUCGGCCAUUUGUAUCAAACAAACCCUACCAGUGUGCUAUAUGCCGAGUCUCCUACAAUCAUUCUAUCACCCUCGAGAGCCAUAUGAAAUCCGUCCUGCACCAGACGCGCAGCAGAAAUGCUGUGAACUCAUCUGCCCUUGGUAUUUGUGGAGGCAGCAAUGCCAGUACUCCAAAGACCACAGUGAGCACUUCUACAAGUGGAACCGGCGAGUUGGCGACCACCACCAACUGUGCUACUCUUGGAAGCAUGAUGGUGACUACGGCAAGAAAUGCGGAGCACCUCCAAACAUCACAAGUGGCUCCCUCCCUCAUCACUCCCCCUGUGGCCUCAGCUCAGGCGGUCUCAGCCUUUCUCACCCUCCUCACGUCCAGCCCUAGUGCACUCUCGCACCCUCUCCUCCCCUCCCUAUUUGCACCCAGCCACCCUACUGGUGCCGAUGCAGCUCAGAUUGUGCCUCAGCCUCACAUGGUCAUGCCCUUGAUCUUGAACGGCCUCCAAGCUCAGCAAACCCAGCAGUCUCCUGAGAACCAGCAAGGACAGCUCCUUACCCAGUGUGUGCCAUUUGUAGGUCUCAACACAGCACAGCAGGCCCUCUUGACCCAAAGACUUAGUUUGUUACAGAACCAGUGGCCUCCUGUUGCACUUCCAACUAAUACAUCAGAGGUUGUGGAGAGUGUGAAGCAGGAGUGUAUUGAAAAGCCGUCAGAUCAGAUCAGGGAAAGCAUAAAAACAGAUGAACCUGAGGACGAGGGUUGCCCCAAUACAGAAAGCAAAGUGCAGGUUGAGAGUAAUGAAGACGUUUGGAAGGUGCCCAGCGAUAGCAGAACCAUUGCCCAUCAGAUGGAUGUGGAAAAUUAUAAAUCAGUAAGUCCAAAUUUCUCCCCAGUUGCCAUGGAGAAGAGCCUCCAUAACAACCUCUCACCGUCUCCAUCAAUGCCUAGCAACCCAAGCUAUAGCCCUGUACAUUUGAAUCUCACGCUUAGCCCCGAUUCCACUCCCCAAAAAUCACAAGCUGCAGCUAGUCCUUGUGCAUCUAUUGGUACGCCCAAAUCAAGCCCACUUUCAAAUGUCUUAAGCAACCAAUAUCGGCUACGUUGCAAUACCGUGGGGUCCAUUUAUCCAGAACUUCCAGUGUUGUCAGAGUUUCAGUCCGAGGUGCUUUGGGCUUUCUUUGAGUCACGAAGUGAGGCUCAUGCUGCUAGUCCUCUCCGCGAGGACUGCGAGGCGCUGGGAAGAGAGGUAGGGCUUUCAGAAGAGGAGGUACGCAAGUGGCUCUGCCAAGCAAGAUAUGUCAAACAGAGACAGAGAGCCACAGAGCUCACGCACCAACAUGGCUCAUCGGGAUUCGCAAAGACCACUCCAAGCAGUGACAAUGACUUUGAUGACGAAGAAAACUCCUUGAUUAUAGCAGAAGAGGAGGAGGAUGCUGACGUGUCAGGUAGUCAGGUAAUAGAUUUGUCUCGUACAAGAGGGUCGCGCAGACAGCGAGGUGUUGGGAGGGAGGGUCAGGGAGACUCCUGUCUGACUUCUGACUCAGAAAAUGAGGUUUAUACCUCUGUGAUUGUGACAGACGAGGAAAGUCAGAAUGGAGGUUUUCGGGAGUCCCCAGAGAGCCCUGCUAAAGAUGUAGUGCAACAUGAGGUCCAUUGUGAUAAAGUCUCAGUUGGAGGGAAAGUCUUGCGCUCCACAACGGUGUUUCUCUCUGAUGUGGAGGACGAAUAUGAAGAAGAGGAUGGUGGAGGGGCUCAUAGGCCUGGAAAGAAAAAAAGGAAAGGAGAGUUUGAGCAUGAGGUGGAGGUGAAAAGAGAGAGACUGGAUCCUGAUGUGGACCUCGAGUUGGAAGCCCAAGGGGAUCCCCCAAGUUCACUCCCCUAUUCUGUUGACCAAAUUCCAAGUGGCGGUCUUCACUCACUCCCACUGUCUCUCGCACCGUUCUCUGCACAAUUCCUCAGCCCUUAUGUCCUCUCGCUAACACCAUCAUUAGUUGGGAGCAAAAUACCAGUCUUCUCAAACCCACCUUCCAUCACACGUUUCUCUAGUUCUCUUCUUUCCCAAUCACUUUCUCCCAUGAACCAAUCUUCUCAAUACUUGUCCAAUGGCAGCGACUGUGAGACUGCACUGGACCUUAGUAUGGGAAAAAACAAUUCAUCCUCAUCUCUGGCCGACAAAAUUUCAGCACAGAAAGGACAGUUGCUUGAUGGACUUGGCCUGAGGCCCACGUCUCAAAAUCUGGUCGUUGUUCAGGUAAAACCUGAAUCUCUUACUACCAUGCCUUCUUCGUAUAAUCGUGUGGAUCUGGUCAACAGCAAUAACCUGACAAAGCCCAGUAUUUACACAAGGCCAGAUGAGAAAAUGAACAUCACACUGUGUGAUAACGACAAAGAGAAGGAUAAAGAGCAACAGCAAAGAAAGGCCAAAGGGAAAAGGUAUCGCGAUAUGCGGCGUUCCAGGACCAUCAUUCAAGCUGAACAACUUGACAUACUGUAUGGAUGCUAUUUCAAAGAUCCCAACCCUGGAAAACACGAAUUUGAGCAAAUCUCCGAGUGGGUUCAGCUUCCCAAAAAAGUUGUUCAGAUAUGGUUCCAGAACAUGCGAGCGAGGGAACGGAAAGGCGAGGUGCGAUUCAUCAGCGACGGCACCCUGGCAGCAGUUGGCAAACCGCUCAUCAAAUUCACUUGGCCGCUCUCCAAACCCAUUUUUUCUAACAAGCCCGUUGCAAACAAUGCUGGCUGCAUCACAACUGCUCCAAUUGUGCGCACCCUCAUCAAGACUGAAAGCAAACCCGUUGUGGUGAAAAAAAACACUCCUGUUCCAAUCAAGCCCAAGGAAGUGGUUUCUGACGCCUCUGUGGUGAGUACUGGUGCCUCUGUGAUGCCAAAGACCAAGCUUGAAACCACCAGCAGCGUCACCAUGGUCAAAGUCGCAUCCAGCAUUGUCCCGACCCUUUUAACGCCUCCCAAGGAUCCCGUUCCCAUUGCCCCUCGACUGAAGCAGCAAAGAAAAUUUGAGGACGAGAGCGAGGAGGACAAAACAGACGAGGAUGUGGACGACGAGAGUGAGACAGGGCCAAGGAUGACCAACCGCAUGGUGCCCAAGCUGCCCACAACGCCCAUCAAUAACAGGCCUCCUUCCACGACUGUGUUGCCCCAGAAACCCAACGGCCUUAACUACUGGACCCCGAAAGUCCCGAUCAGGAUCAACACUCUGUCACGAGAGCAACUUGCUCUUCCCGCUCACGUGCAUCCUCGUACUAUCCCCCCUCCGCCCACCCCCAGCAUUGCACCAGUCAGCCCCAACACCCCUAACUUGGCGAAGGUGGCCCGCUCAUCCACCCCCGUCCUGGGUAAAUCAAGUCCCACGGAAAACAGCUUUCUGGCCCACUCUUCCAGCCGUAGGCCACGCACGCAUUUGUCUUGCCUGCAGCUCUCCAUUCUGCAGUCCUGUUACGAGACCUGUGCCCACCCCAAUGCCAUGGAGUGCGAGGCCAUUGGUGCAGAGCUUAACCUGCCCCUCAAGGUGGUCCAGAUCUGGUUUCAAAAUACUAGAGCCAAGGAGAAGCGCUGGAGGCUGCAGCAAGAGAAAAUGGGUCCUCAGGCCGGUGGUGGGAAGGUGUUCAUGACAUCAGGAAGUUACCUGCAGUACAAUGCUCUCAAAGCCAACCGUCCCAUCCUGCCCAAACCCGUUCAGCUCACGAUCACGGAGACUCCCACUUCCCCAGCGGCCGGCCAAACGUCACCCAUCGAGACCCUGACGGGCUGCUGUGAGGUCUGCAAGGUCUCCUUUGAAUCACGGGCGGCCGCGAGGGCCCAUGUCUUCUCGUCGCUUCACCUCGCCAAGCUGCGCACCACUAACUUUGGCCAGCCCACCGCACUCGUCAACAAGAACGGAACUGGCAACGGAGGUUCGGGCAGCGUCAACCUGAGUUUGCAGGUCUGUCAUUCGUCUCCACCGGUAACCGGCUCCGGUGCUGGUUCUGGAGGCGUAGUCGUUAUCGAGUUGCCUCCAUCCGCGGCCACCAGCAACAGUUAAAAAAAACAAAACAAAAAAAACUCAGAUCAGGAUUGGUCUGCACACUGACUAUUUGGACCCAUUUGGGCUCCUCCAAUUUUAAUAAGUUUGAGCACUAUUUCUCACCACCUAACUUAAUUAUUUUUGGUUUUGAAGUUGGCUGUUCCUCCCGUUCACGCAAUAUCCCAUUUUCAACCUUUUUGAUGACUCGAAUGGACAUGUUCAUCAAGUUCACCGUGAAUUCACACCAAACAGUUCCCAUGCUGCUGCUGAGCUCAUCAGUUUGCUGUGAGUGUUGGAUAAUACUUCUUUAAAUCAUCUCACCUUUCACCCAAACAUUUUUAUUUUCAAUGACCCUCCUACAAAACUCUAAAGGGACUCGACUUUCCAGGCUUGAACUGAAGAGACUGAUACUGUUUCUCUGCCAUGUCACUAUUUGGGAUAACACGAAAUACUCACAGUAAUAACUCCCACUUUGCUCCUGUGGAAUAUUUUUUGGGGGGAUGCUUUCACUUCCAGAGCAAAGAUUGCUUGUGUAUGACAUGAAUGAACUGAACAAAUGUGACAUGCGUGUUGACUGUCGCUUUUAUUCAUUUGCUAACAGGAUAUGUGAUCUGAGGAGUGUUGCGUAUACAUCAUUUGGGAUACAGUAGAGGUACUCUAGAGCGAAUAGGGCUUUUAAACCCUACCCCUGCCCCCUUUCCCAUGUUUAUAGUUUUCAUGACAAUCCAUACAAAAAAACAGGUUAUAGAAAUAGCGAGGAAUCUUGGCAUACCGCACUUUGACACAUAUUUCAUUGUUUGAAAUGUUUUUAAGCAUUCUGAUGCGAGUGUCUUUUUAUGGAAAGAUGCAUUCAUGCAUGUUGGAUGCCUUAAUAUAAAUUGUGAUUUUUAUAUUUUAUUUUUUUCUUGCUAGUCUCUUCAGUCACGCUUUGGGUGUAAGCAUAAUAUUGUGCAAGAACCUUACGGGAAUGAAAGUGAAAUCAAGCGCUGUUCCCAAUUGCUAAUACACGGGUGGGGGGAGUGCAAUGUGAAUGUCAUUCUUUUGAUAUCACAUGAGCAAGACCCUGCCUGUUAAAUUGUAACCAGCUUUUUCUCAGCCAAGGACAUAAUGUGUGAUCCUGUGUGGGGGGGAGGGGAGGGUGGAAUUCAAAACAAAUGAUCCUGUGGGUUUCUAUUUCCCACCCUAACGACAUGUAUAAACACUAUUCACAAAAAGUUUGGGAUAUUGGUAUCGGUGGAAAUUUCAGUACUCUAACUUUUUACAGGUGAUCUUAUUUAGACCUUUUCUAAACUUUUGACCGCCCAUGUCCAACUGUUAAGUGUUUUAGAACUUUUCCACAACUUGUUUUCUUACAAGGAGCGGAACAGGUGUGUGAUCCAGGAAUUUACUAAUACAUUUCCUGGUUUAAUUAGAAUUGGUAUUUAAACAAUCUUCUUCGUCAUGCUAUUAACAUGUUGACAUCAGGAGACCAAGAUGACAUGAACUGUACCUUGCCAUUGUGAGGCUUCAAACAGGAUAUUCUCAGAGGGAGGUGGCCACUGAUCUUAAGACUGUCGCAGAAUGUCAUCAGCGGAUUACAAUACAUAGAGAGACCGGAAGAGUCACUGAAAGGAAUAGAAUCAGACGUCCUUGGACACAAGGUACUGCAAAAAGUACUGAAAAGUGAACAGUUGGACAUUUACCAUGAAGAUAAAAUAAACUUCACCUGUAAAGGUUAUUGUGCAUUUUAGGUUAAUCUAGAACUUUCACCCGAAAAUCCUGCUCCACCUUACUUUUUGUGAGUAGUGUUCAUCUCUGAAGUUCUAAAGUAAGAUGGCCUUAUAAUGUAAAUGCUUAUUGAAUAAAUGUAUUAGAAUUUAUCAGCACGAAAGGUCCCACCAACUAGCUUGGCAAGAUGAGUGCUUAUUCAAUUCCCCCCCCCCACCACCACUUGUUUAGUCACUAGUGCUGGUAAUGCACGUGCCGUGAAAUGGGACGUGAUGUGUGCAAACCAAACAAGGGAGGAAAUUGGCUUUCACUAAUAUCCUGAAGGCCGCUCGUGGAUACUUCAUUCUAGCAAUGUAUUGUUUUGACUGAGUUGACUGAGAGCUAAUAAGAUGGUGCUGUGUUGAAGGACACGCGACUCACUAAAGAGCUUUUUCCUUCCAUUUGAAUUUGUAUAUUGUUACUAUGGUUAGUUUUAACUCAAAUGCAAAACGAAAAUGUUUUUUAAAAGAUAUAUAUUAAGUGAUAUUCCAAAGUAAUUUUUUUUUUUAUUAUUAUUAUUGCUUUCAGUCAUUUAAAAACAUAACAACCAAAAAGCAAUCAAGAGGUGUUCACAAAUGCAAACUGUAAAGGACAUCCCACAGCUUGACUCUUGCACUAGUCCACUAUAUUUGCACAAGCUACAGACAUUUCAAAAAUGGACACAGCCAUGGAUGCAACGUGACAAGUGACUCGGUGUGUCUUGAAACAAAAAGGGUGGCAAUGUUCCUUACGACUUCUAAAAAAUGUUUGUCCUUUGGGAAUCAUCUUGUGUGUGAAUCAAGGAUGCGAGUGCUCCGAUGUCAAGACUGGGAUACACACAGACAAACAAACGCGGUGUUGCACUGUCCAAAUGAAAUAGGUUUUUACAGAGAUAUGCUUUUAUUAUCUUGCAUUUCAUUGUCAAUUUGAUUAUCACUAUUGUUAUAACUGUACUACUACUUAUUCGAUUUACCAUUACUACUCAUGCUGUUUUGAUUAUUACUUAUUGUUGUUUUCAUGCCACCUCUAUGCUCAGACUGAGUAUGGUAUUCCUCUGAAUAUUGAUCAAUAAUAGUGGCAGUGUUGUUAUGUAUUGUUAGACCUCUGAUUAGUCCCCCCCGCCCCCCUCCUUACUGUACCUUGCCUUUUUUUGUGUUUGGUCUCCAUUAUGCUUUCUUUGAUAUACAGAAAAAUAAAAUCAGUUGAACAUGG